AUGGUGGACAUUGCCAAGAAGAAAAGAGAAGACAAAGACAGCAAAGGCAAUGAUCUCCAGAAGGAACUUAAUAAAAAAAUUCAGAAGAGACAAGAAACAAUCUAUAGAAGAAACAUCAUCUGCGAAGAUCUUGCUGAUGAGGAAUAUGAAGAAGAAGUUCAUGAGCCAGAGAAGAAACCCAGAGCACCAGUACCACAGUUGACUGCACCUAAGAUCCCAGAGGGCGAAAAAGUAGACUUUGAUGAUAUUCAGAAGAAGAGGCAGAACAAAGACUUGAUUGAGCUUCAAGCCUUAAUUGAUAAUCACUUUGAAAACCGGAAAAAAGAAGAAGAAGAUAUAAUGGCUCUUAAAGAGAGAAUUGAAAAACGUAGAGCUGAGAGGGCUGAGCAGCAAAGAAUCCGAGCUGAGAAAGAAAAGGAGCGUCAGGCCAGACUUGCUGAGGAAAAGGCAAAGAGAGAGGAAGACGAUGCCAAGAGGAGGGCUGAAGAUGAUUUGAAGAAGAAGAAAGCCCUCUCCUCUAUGGGUGCCACAUACAGCAGCUAUUUGGCGAAGGCUGAUCAAAAGAGAGGAAAGAAACAAACUGCAAGGGAACUGAAGAAGAAAAUUUUGGCAGAGAGACGCAAACCUCUGAAUAUUGAUCACCUUAGUGAAGACAAACUGAGGGAGAAAGCCAAAGAAUUGUGGGACUCGCUGUAUGCGCUGGAGACGGAAAAAUAUGAAUAUUUAGAGAAGAUCAAGAGGCAAAGAUAUGAUAUUGUAUCACUACGUUGCAGGGUGGAGGCACUGUCCAAGUUCAGCAAGAAGGCUGGAGCCAAGGGCAAAGUUGGAGGACGCUGGAAGUAAAGAUCUGGAAGAUCCCUGCAGGAAGAUUCAUCAAUGGUGGCAUGGCCAAACAUCACUGGCUCAUCUUCCCUAUUUAGCUACCAAUUCCUCUCUCUUGCCUGAACAAAACCAUAGUUGCAACAUCAGCCUGGAUUGCCUACUGCUUAUUUUUAGGGUGCCCACAAGAACCUCAGCUCUGAAUGACGACAAGUCCCUGCUGAUACCUGUUGUCUCAUGUGUAUUUUUUCCUAAUUCCAGCCGUACACUGCCACAUAGAUUGCAGUGUAUGAAUCUUUUGGUUUUGUAAAUAAAGCGUAGUCAAUAAUACACUUCAGAUCUGCAACU